AUGAAGCAACAAUUCAAUGAUGUUGAAAAUAAAGCUGAAAAUGUGGAUUUCUUCCAGAAAAUACUGGUGGACAAGUUUGGAUUUGUACAGGAUCCUCGACAAAGCGGUGUUACAUUAUUUGCGGACUUGACAGUAUUGCGUCGUCGAGAGAAAAAAUGGUUAUAUAUGUUAUCAAAUUGGUCAUAUUUUAUGGACAAUAAAUUUGAUAUUGUGAAAAAACGAUGUCAGAAAGGGAUUCCACCAUCUUUGAGAGGUCGGGCCUGGAAGUAUUUAAGUGGUGCUACAUUUCACAUGGAAUUUAGCGUCAAUAAGACUGUUUUUGAUGAAUUGAUGAAAGCACCUGGCGACCAUCGAUGGAUUAUCGAAAUCGAGAAGGAUAUAAAUCGUCAAUUUCCUCAACAUAUUAUGUUCUCUGGAACGGGACCUUAUGGACACGCUGGGCGAUCAGAUCUUCUGCAGUUAUUGAAGGCUUAUACGAUUUUGCAUCCUGAUGAAGGAUACUGCCAAGCACAAGCUCCUGUUGCCUCAGUUCUUCUCAUGCAUAUGCCUUUGAGAGAUGCCUUUUAUUGCUUCGUUCAGAUUUGUCACAAAUAUCUACCUGAUUAUUAUGGUGCUGGUCUUGAAUCUGUUCAAAUUGAUGGCGAAAUUCUUGUUCAAAUUCUUAAGGAAAAAUCCAGAAACAGCUACAAACACUUGAAAAAACAUUGCGUAGAACCAGUACUUUUUAUGAUCGAGUGGUUCAUGUGCCUUUAUUGUCGAUCAUUGCCUUGGCCAACGGUACUGCGAAUAUGGGACAUGUUUUUUUGUGAAGGUAUCCAGAAAUUCACGAAAUUGGUCUUUUUCCUUGCUAUUAAUGUGUAG